AUGGAUAAGUUCUUGACAAAAAAAGGACAGUCUUAGAGCUGUAAAAAUAAAAGCAGCAGACAGGGUAAGAAAGUAUCUUGAGGGUACUCUACAUGCAGAUGAUGGUNAAUGUUGCUGUCAGUUUUAGUCCACGAAGUAAAAACAUGGAUAAGUUCUUGACAAAAAAAGGACAGUCUUAGAGCUGUAAAAAUAAAAGCAGCAGACAGGGUAAGAAAGUAUCUUGAGGGUACUCUACAUGCAGAUGAUGGUCUUCUGUUCUGCUCCACGUGCAAUGUAGUUAUCAAUCAUCUAAGAAAACACAAGAUCGACAAACAUCUAGAAUCCUCUUAUCAUACUCUAAAAGCAAAAACCUCUGUGUAG